AAGUGGUUUAGAUUGCAACAUUCAUCCUCUUAUAUGAGUUCUAUUCAUCGCCUUCAAUGAUGUUUUUUUCCCUUUCGCGUUAAAUCAAGUUCAUGAUUUACGACUCAAAAAUAUUGACUUUGAGCAAUUGAGCUUGAUUUCCAAAAUGUCAUUGCAAGAUUCCAUAGCAAAAGAGAAAGUAUGUCUAAGUUUGGUGAUUUUAUCAUAAAUAAAUUGCUUACGAGAUGGUGGUUUCUACUCGUAUGACAUAAAAAAAAUGUUUUUUAUUAGAUGUCAGUGUAAAAUUAUUUUAUAUAUUAAAUUCAUUUAAUAAAAAAAAAUAAAAAUUAACCACUGCAUUUUUUAUAAUUUUUUUGGAUUAAGAUGACUAAUAAAUAGUUAAACACUGACUAGCUAGUUUUGAGUUUAGCGAUCGGCAUCAAUGGGUUCCUCACUAUCACCUCUGAAAGUGAAUUAUGAAGUUCAUGUCAAAAAUCGCGAGAAGCUUCUCAAAUCCAUUCGCCAACACCUCUCUCAAUCUUCUCUUCCUCUUCACGGCUUCGUUCUCCUUCAAGGUGGCGAUGAACAAACUCGUUACGACACCGAUCACCUUGAACUCUUCCGGCAAGAGAGUUACUUCGCUUAUUUGUUUGGAGUUCAAGAACCCGGUUUUUAUGGAGCUAUUGAUGUUGGAAGUGGCGAUUCUAUUCUAUUUGCUCCUAGGUUGCCUGAUGAGUAUGCUGUUUGGAUGGGAAAAAUCAAGAAACUUUCCCAUUUUAAGGAACACUAUAUGGUUACCAAAGCCUAUUUUACGGACGAGAUUGUAACUGUUUUGCAACAGCAUUAUCAGGGUUCAGGGAAACCAUUACUCUUUCUUUUGCACGGCCUUAACACAGAUAGUAAUAAUUUUGCUAAACCUGCAGAAUUUCAGGGCAUUGACAAGUUUGAUAAGGAUCUGACGACUUUGCAUCCUAUAUUGACCGAAUGUCGAGUCAUCAAGUCAGAGCUGGAAAUUGAACUUAUUCAGUAUGCAAAUGAUAUAAGCUCUGAAGCUCAUAUUGAGGUUAUGAGAAAAGCUAAAGUGGGCAUGAAGGAGUAUCAGCUUGAAAGCAUUUUUCUUCAUCACACCUACAUGUAUGGUGGAUGUCGGCAUUGCUCCUAUACAUGUAUCUGUGCUACUGGUGAUAAUAGUGCUGUUCUACAUUACGGCCAUGCAGCAGCUCCUAAUGACAAGACUUUGGAAGAUGGAGACAUGGCAUUGCUUGAUAUGGGAGCUGAAUACCACUUCUAUGCGUCUGACAUAACAUGCUCUUACCCUAUAAAUGGGAAGUUUACUAGUGACCAAUCUCUUAUAUAUAAUGCUGUCCUUGAUGCUCAUGAUGCUGUUAUCGCUUCAAUGAAACCUGGAGUAAGCUGGGUUGAUAUGCACAUACUAUCGCACAAAGUGAUUCUGGAGUCGCUAAAGAAAGGACACAUUAUUGUGGGCAAUGUUGAUGACACGAUGGUUGCACUAUUGGGUUCCGUUUUCAUGCCGCACGGUCUGGGUCAUUUACUUGGUUUAGAUACACAUGACCCUGGAGGCUACCCAAAGGGCCUGGAAAGAAGAAAGGAACCUGGAUUAAAAGCCUUGCGUACAGCCCGUGGGCUCCUGGAAGGAAUGGUUAUUACCGUGGAGCCUGGAUGCUACUUCAUUGAAGCUUUGUUACUUCCAGCCAUGAAUAAUCCAGAAACUUCCAAGUUCUUUAACAAGGAAGUGAUUACCAGAUUUAUUGGUUUUGGUGGUGUGCGAAUUGAGAGUGAUGUGCUUGUUACUGCCGCUGGUUGCUACAAUAUGACCAAGUGUCCGAGGGAAAUACACGAGAUUGAGGCAGUGAUGACAGGGGAACCAUGGCCGGUCAAGAAGACAUCUACUAAAAUUGAAAAUGGAUUGGAAAGCAAAGCCUGACUGGUGACUGCAUGCAUCGCAGACGUGAACAGCUGUCAUUUUCAUAUUUCUUUUCCUUCUAAACUAUGAGAAAUAAUUCCCCUUGUGCCCUACACCUACACUUUUUCAACAUUUCCUUUGUAGCAUCCGGGAAAAAAAUGCUUAAUGUAAUCAUUGUACCUUGUGAUGUGAUUACAUGCAAAAAUUCAAGAACAAACGACUUAUUGCAAA